UUUUUCCACGGUCAAAGCAUAUCUGUUAUGUCACAACCAGCACCAAUUAUCUACACCUGCGCCCUUCCACCUAAGCUCGCAUGGUGCUCUCUCGUCGACCGCAGCAUCUCAGCAUGGGACAAAAUCAUCGCUGAACACCCGACCACCUCCAAAGAAAUCGCAACACAAUUCAUCAAAAGACACACCGAACUCUCGUCUUUCCUCGCCGAAUCCAACGUUCCCAACAGCGGGAAUCCCAUGUUCUGGUUCUUCCAGCUCCGCAAAUCCUUCCUCGCGCAAUCCGUCCUAUCGAAAUGGUCGCCCGACAAGCUGGACGAUUACAUCUUGCUUCCCGCUCUCCCCGGUUUCGUAUGGCGCGCCGACUGCUUCUUCGUAAGCCAUUACUGGCGUUCCCCGCAGCAUCCCGAUCCCGACGGGAAAUAUCUGCGCUUGCAUCAGAACGAUUUACGACAGUACACGUGGGAGUACAUCUGGGUGGAUUGGACGUGCAUGCCGCAAGACCCGCGAUCAAAUGUCGAACAAGCGUAUUUCCGACGCUGUCUGCGGACCGUAUCGGGGAUCAUCAGGAACUGCGCAUUUGCGUAUUUUUACCCGCCGUUUGAAGCGAAGCUGUGGAUCUUGUAUGAGAUUGCCGAGUUCGUCUUCACGUGCGAUGGAGGGCUUUCGUCGACGCCGGACUUGCAGCCGUUUCUCGAGCAUAUAUCUGAGAUGCAGGAUAUUGGGGUCCGAGAGACCUUGCACAAGUACAAGUACAGGUGCGGGUAUGAUAGAGAUUGGAAUCUUCUGGUUCCGUGGCUGGAACUUUUGGUUCUGAUGCAGAAACUGCCGUUUGAUAUGGACUUUAUCAGGAAGGUUAUGGAUGAUGUGACAUGGUUUGACGUUUCGGGGACGCAGUUUUACGCGGAUAUUGUAGAGAUUGAUAGGUAUCAGGGGCUGUUGAGGUUUGGGGGUAAGGAUUGGCGAUUUACACCUUUCCCGAAAUGGAGGCACGAUAAUUUAGCAUGA